AUGCACCACAUUCACUUCCUGAAGAUCCAACCUUCUGCUGGAUCAUACGGAACGACUCUAGUAUCAGGUAGAAAGCUACUUAUAAAGCCUAUUCCUAAAGCUAUUUUGCCUAAUGUUUUAACAGAUAGUAUCCCCUCCAAACAAUUUGACAUUGAUACGCUAGAAUUAGAUAGUUUCAAUUUAGCGGAUGUGAGUUUCAAUGAACCUGGAGAUGUGGAUAUUUUAUUAGGUGCCCAAAUAUUCUAUGAACUUUUAAGAUCGGGUCAAAUUAGGUUUCCGGGAACAGACAUUGUUUUUCAAAAUACUGUGUUUGGCUUUGUUGCUACCGGAAGUGUUUCAAUAGAAAACGAAACUACUGUUCAUUGUGGGUUGGUAAUGGAAGAUUUGGAUGCAAAUUUAAGGAAAUUUUGGGAAAUUGAAGAUGUUGAGGGGGAUAAAUUACAAAUUGAUGAGAGUUUAAUAUGUGAAGAUCAUUUCAUGAAAACACAUUUCAGAAAUGACGAUGGAAGCUAUGUUGUUAAAAUUGCACAGAUCUAA